AUGGACAAACAAACCUCAUCACUUGGAACCGAAGCACUCUCGCCGUCGAUGACUCGCGCCUCCUCUUCUUCCACAGACUCGAUGAGCGCGGCUACACCUGAUGGUGAUGUCUCCUCGCCGGUCCAGGAGACGCCCGUGUCGCCUGGCUCGCCACCUUCGCAUAAAUUGAAGAAAAAAAGGAGCAAGAAGAAUUCAGAGUCGGAAGGUAAACCGACGUUGACACGAGGUGUGUUUGCCGUUUGGAUUGCGUGUCUGGCCCUGCAACGCCCAUCGAGACUGACGCGGAUUUUGUUAGCCAUCUCCCUCAGCACGUCGUCCAUGGUCACACCAAUCCUCAAUGCGUCUAGUCCACAGCAUUCACAGUCGAGGAAGAAGGCGUCGGGUGCCCCAAGACGCUCGAUGCCCGCAACAAAGACAUCGGCGCCGGCCGUCGCGGGUCAAAAACCAAAGGAAAGCACGCCACCGCUAGAGGAAACAUCGAGCCCUUUUGACAUGGGUGAACUCGCCAAGGCAAUCCCUCAGGUCGACACCGAAGUACGCGCAAAGUCUGCCCCGCCAACACCCCAACGUUCCUAUGCCGCUGUCACGGCCACGUCGAUCACCAGGGAGAGCUCGCUUUCCAAGCCUAUUGCGACAACACGCGGAAAGGCACCCAAACUAGAGGGGCUGUCACAGCGGUCGCAACCGUAUGGACGCCAAUCUGCGCAGCCGUCUCACCAGCAGAUUCCCUAUCGAAAAUUUACGCCAGAAGAAAGAAACCUUUGGGAGACGCUACUCAAGCGUCUCAACGGCGACAAGGCGCAUCUCAGCUGGUUGGAAAAUGACGCGGGCAACACCGAAACGGCCAAGCUGGCCGUCCUAAAACGCAUCAUUGACUAUAUGGACCAAUAUGGCACGAUGCCCAUGGAGGUCACGAUCAAGUCUUCGCCAAAUGCCAAAGGGGGCGUCGAAAAGGUCGUCUGUGGACCUUGUCGACAGGAACAGCAGCCACAUAUCAAAGAGUACCCUACGGUACAAAAGGCUGCUGUACACAUUACCUCGAAUCAUUGGGAGAUGCAACUUUGGCUUUGCAUUGUACCGGGAUGCGGAAAGGCCUUCCGAUGCCGUGAUGGGAUUCAAAACCCCAAGCGACACAUGGAAAAGAUGCAUCCCAACUGGUCACGACCCAGCAAUCCUGAUCCAUCGAUCCAUGUUACAAAUCCUGGAGAACAGGCGUACCUUACUGUUCCAUCGACCUCGGGCUAUGCCGAAUCGCUCUCUGGGACGGAGUAUUCAGAUCUGAGCGCAUCUGUGGGCUCCUAUCCAGAGAGCUCAAACGGUGGCUAUCCCUCGACGUCGUACCAAGCUCCCUAUUACACCACCGACCAAGCUCCACAGUCGUCUAUACAGCAGAGCCCAGGCGUCUUUGUUCGAAUGUCCAGUGCCACCCCCGCUCCCCUCAAAUUGCAACCGCCACUCAUGCCCAUCAUACCAGCCGAUCUUCCCGAGCCUUUCCCACUUGGGCCUUCUCCAUCUCCCUCGCGUUCUCAAGGACCCCUUGAUGACAUUCUGUCCAGGCUGGGAAUCGGAGCGUCGCGGGCGCAACAACCAAACCCGACUCUGAAACAAGGUCUGGUGAUGGUGGGGAAUAAUCUCACAUUGGGUUCAGUUUCACCCUCGGAGAUGGCAAACGUGGUGCCGACGCAGGUGGCCAAGCGCCCCAGCCGUCGUGCAACAGUGGAUCUACGUCCGACACAGUCCACGGGAGUGACAAUAACGAUGGAGCAAACCUCUCUCGGUGUUGCCCCGGGACGGGCUCGAAAUGUGUCCAAUCCGACGAUGAUGUACACGGCGGCAUCUUUCCAGAUACCCGUACCACCACAACAACAACCUUUUAUACCUCAACUUGGACACAUGUACCAGCCAGUACCCACAGGACAGAUGUAUCAACCUCCAGUCUCCGCUCCACAAAUGUAUCAGCCUCCCUAUGCACCUUCGUCUCACUCGGCCUCUUUAUCACCCCAGCAGCUCUCGCCUGGGUAUACCCAGUCGAUGGGGUACGGGCAGACGCCCGAGUCGUACAUGAGCUCGCCACCACACAAGAUGCCCAGCACGAGUCCAAACUCGCAACCGCAUCUCCAUCUCGCGUACCCGUCGCCGGCGCCCACGCACGGAUUCAGCACUUCGCCACCGUUUGUAUCUCACAUGCCGCUAUUGAAUAGCACGGCGAUGGUGGACACAUCACCGUAUUUGACCCUGCAAGCGUCUGGACAACAAUCGCCUAAUCAGUCUUCGCGCUCGUCGCACUCGUCAUCGCCCUAUCCGCCAAUAGACGAUCCCUUGUUAGGAUUUGAUUUAUCCCAAAACGGCCAACGUACUAGUGUUGACGGCGGGAGUGGCGGUGGGCAGUCUCCAGAGUAUGUCAAAGGCGAGGGACAACCUCCGCUGUCAGCUGCCUUGCUGCAGCCAUCGCUAGGCGACCCACUCCAGCUUGGAGGCGCGCCGCCGUCACCCAACAAGGCUGAACCUCUUUCAGCUGUCGAGAUGGGGCAGUUACUCAACUACUUUGACAAGGUACAGAACUGA